AUGUCGAGCGAGUCGCCAUUACCCGCAACACCCACCCAGGUGGUGUUGGAUACUGCGAAGCUUCCCCCUUCGUCAUCACAGUCGGUUUGGGACCGCAUCACCAACUGGGUCUCUGAGAACAAGGCUGUCGUCUAUACCAUUGCCGGUGUUGCCGUCGUCGUGACUGGCGCCGGUGUUGUCUACUACCUGUCCGACUCGAAGAAGCCCAGCGGCGACGCUUCUUCCUCCGCGCCGAAGAAGAGCAAGAAUCAGCGAAGGAAAGAGAAGAAGAAGGCUGAGGAGGAGAAGAAGAAGACCAAGUCUGCUUCCGUGCAGGAUGAGCCUGCCAAGAAGGCCGAGGAACCCGCCGAGGAGAUCCCCGAUGUCGAUGAGACCACCGUGGGUCAGUUGUCUGAGGAGACCCGGAAGGAGUAUGCUGGCAAGCUGAAGGCCGCCGGUAACAAGGCUUAUGGCUCCAAGGAUUACAACAAUGCGAUUAUCCUGUACGGCAAGGCCAUUAUUUGCAAGCCCGACCCCGUUUUCUACUCGAACCGCGCCGCCUGCUAUAACGUGUUGUCUGAGUGGGAGAAGGUUGUAGAGGAUACCAGUGCCGCGCUCGCGAUGGACAGCGAGUAUGUGAAGGCCCUUAACCGAAGAGCCAUCGCGUACGAGCACCUCGGCAAGUUCAGCGAGGCCCUCCUCGACUUCACCGCCAGCUGCAUCAUCGAUGGAUUCUCCAACGACGUCAGCCGCAACUCCCUCGAGCGUCUGCUGAAGAAGGUCGCCGAGAAGAAGAGCAAGGCUAUCUUGGAUGCGCGCACCAAGAAACUGCCCAGUGCCACCUUCGUUUCCAACUACCUGCAGAGCUUCCGCCCCUUGUCUCUUCCCGAGGGCCUGGAGGACUCUGUUGAGUUGAGCGAGGACUCGGGCAAGGGUCUGCUUCGCAGCGGUAUGGUUGCCAUGGGCAAGAAGACCGCUGAUGGCUAUGAGGAAGCUGCCUCGUCCUUCGAGAAGGCAAUCCAGGCCGGCGACCUGGAAGACUUCGAGGCCCUGGCUCUCAACAUGCGGGCUACUUUCACAUACCUCGGUGGCAACGCUGCUGGUGCUCUUGAAGACCUGAACAAGAGCGUUGAGCUGCAGCCCUCUCUUGUCCAGAGCUACAUCAAGCGCGCCAGCUUGCACCUGGAGCUCGGAAACAAGGAUGCUGCCGCCGACGACUUCGAGCUUGCCAUCACCCACAACAAGGAUGACCCCGAUAUCUACUACCACCGCGCUCAGCUCCACUUCAUCCUGGGUGAGUUCGCCGAAGCCGCCAAGGACUACCAGAAGUCGAUCGACCUUGACCGCUCCUUCAUCUUCUCUCACAUCCAGCUCGGUGUUACCCAGUACAAGAUGGGCUCCGUUGCCUCCGCCAUGGCUACCUUCCGCCGGUCGGUCAAGAACUUCGAGGAGGUUCCUGAUGUAUACAACUACUACGGUGAGCUUCUGCUCGACCAGCAGAACUACUCCGAGGCCAUCGAGAAGUUCGACAAGGCCGUCGAGAUGGAGAAGCAGAACAAGCCCAUGGGCAUCAACGUCCUCCCCCUGAUCAACAAGGCUCUGGCUCUGUUCCAGUGGAAGCACGACUUCGCCGAAGCCGAGGCCCUUUGCGAGAAGGCACUCAUCAUCGACCCCGAGUGUGACAUCGCUGUCGGCACCAUGGCCCAGUUGCUGCUCCAGCAGGGCAAGGUCUCGCAGGCCCUCAAGUACUUCGAGCGGGCUGCCGAGCUUGCUCGCACCGAAGCCGAGAUCAUCAACGCCAUCUCCUACGCCGAGGCCACCCGUACCCAGCUGGAGGUUCAGGAGAAGUACCCGCAGUUGGCCGCUCGCCUGAACUCCAUGGGUGCCAUGGGUGCUGGCCCCGGUGGCAUGUAA